AUGUCACGCUCAGAAACCGAAAAGCCUGCAAGCUGUGGAUUCAUUGAAGAUGUCAGCCAAGGAGCCAGUCAUAACGUUGACUGGGAUGAAGAGUACUCGCCGUCCGAGCAACGCAGUAUCAUCCAUCGCAUCGAUCGUCGACUUAUUUUGAUGACUGGACUUGCAUACUGCAUUUCAAUGAUAGACCGAACAAAUCUCAGCAUGGCCGCUGUGGCUGGUAUGACAAAAGAUUUGGAGCUAGUUGGAACGCGAUAUUCAAUCAUCAUUUUGAUUUUCUUCGUGCCCUAUGUGAUCCUGCAACCCCCAAUGACUAUUGUUACGCGAAAGCUUGGCCCUCGAUACUUCCUGGGUGUCAUAAUAUUGUCCUGGGGUGCAAUUCUAGUGGGAAUGGGUUUUACGAAGUCUUGGAAACAUAUGACUAUAUGUCGUGUGCUGCUAGGUGCCCUGGAAGCUGGUUAUUUCCCCGGUUGUGUUUACCUUCUUUCUAGUUGGUACGUCCGCUAUGAUGUUCAAAAACGGUUUUCUUUCUUCUAUCUAUUUGGUUGCGUAUCAUCCGCGCUAGCUGGCGUAUUGGCCUACGGGUUGUCGCAAAUGGACGGCAUCCGGGGCCUCCAGGGAUGGCGCUGGAUUUUCAUUAUGGAAGGAGUGCUUUCGGGAGCUGUUGGUAUUCUAACGAUGCUUUUCCUGGUCGAUUUCCCCGAUCGCGCCCAUAAGUCGUGGAAAUUCCUUGACGAGAAGGAGUGCGCUUUUAUUAUCAGACGAAUCAAUCGCGACCGAGCUGAUGGAGAUGCGGAGCCUUUUAGCAUCAAGAAGUUCCUUGCACCCGCCACUGACCUGAAAAUCUGGGGUUUCGCAAUGAUUUUCUUCUGCCUGACGACCAAUACCUACGCAAUCUCCUAUUUCCUACCAAUUAUUCUCCGGCAAGGCAUGGGCUAUGGAGUCGCCGCUUCUCAAUGCCUUGUUGCUCCCCCGUUUGGUCUCGCUGCGAUCUUAAUGUUUUCAACAUCUUGGAUCGGCGACAAGUACCGCAUGAGGGGACCUAUACUGGUCUUUAACGCCCUCAUAAGCAUCGUCGGGCUACCUAUUAUGGGAUUUGCUAAAAACAAUGCCGUCAGAUACUUUGGCGUUUUUCUUGCUGUUGCCGGAGUCAAUGCCAACAUACCUGCUUCAAUGGCUUACCAGGCCAACAACGUCCGCGGACAAUGGACACGUGCUUUCUCAAGUGCUACACUGGUUGGAUUCGGAGGGAUUGGUGGCAUUGUGAGCAGUUUGGUAUUUCGAGCGCAGGAUGCGCCUUCGUAUCCUCCCGGAAUGUGGACAACUAUUGCUUGCAACAUCUUGAUCCUGGUCAUUGUGGCAGUACUGUCGCUCUGGUUCCGACAUUGCAACAAACAAGCGGACAAGGGAAAGAAAAUCAUUGAAGGCUCACCCGAUUUCAGAUACACGAUCUGA